CCCUCCUUCCCUCUAGGUGGCGGAAUGUGCACAUAAGAGUUGGUUUGCCAACCGGAAAAAGAAGAAGUAUUUAUGAAACGGCAGUGGGGAGAGAAGUUUGAAGAGGAAAUAAAAUCGAAGAGACUGAAGAACUAAGAGACCCAAUCAGAGAAACCAAGAUGAAGACCCGGGGGAAGCAGAGGAGUAAUAACAUAAAAAAACCUCUGACCCGCUCGCGGACUAAAAGUAAGUUACUGAAAAGAAGAGCAGAGAGCCCACACACUUGUGAACAAUGUGGAGAGAGUUUCAAACGAAAAGGACUCCUUACAAAUCACAUAAGAGUUCAUACAGGAGAGAAACCGUUUGCGUGCGAUCACUGUGGAGCGAGUUUCAGGAUGAAAGGAUAUCUUAGGGAACACAUGACAAUUCACACCGGACUGAGGCCUCACACGUGCGAUCAAUGCGGACUGAGUUUCAGGCUAAAAGGAAAUCUUAGGGAUCACAUGACUAUUCACACUGACGAUAAGCCACAUAAAUGCGAUCAAUGCGGGAAGAGUUUCAGAUGCUUGCGGGGUGUUAAAAGACAUCUGCGUAUUCAUUCUGGAGUCAAAUCGUUUGCUUGUGAUCACUGCGAUAAAACCUUUUUUAGGCCGGAUACUCUGAAGGAUCACUUAAAAGUUCAUACGAAGGAGAAACCGUACCCGUGUUCCUUGUGUGGGAAGAGUUUUAGUCAGAUGAGCACUUUAAAUAUACACCUGAAAAGACACAGGGGGGUGAAGAACCACAUGUGCUUUGAUUGUGGAAAGACGUUUGUUAGAGAUGCGGAGCUAAAGCUGCACCAGAGAGUUCACACUGGACAGUUUUACAAGUGUUCACAUUGUAACAAGAAAAUAAAAUCCGCACAGUAUCUGAAAGUACACGAGAGGAUGCACACUGGAGAGAAACCGUACAAGUGUUCAUACUGUGACAAGAGAUUUGUUGAUUCAAUGACUGUCAGAAUGCAUGAGAGGACCCACACUGGUGAGAAUCCCUAUCACUGCCCUCAGUGUGGGAAGAGUUUCAGGUAUUCUCGCUCAUUACUCUCUCAUAUAAGAAAGCAAUGCAAAAAAGCUCAGUAGCAGUUUCUAUUUAGAUCCUGCGCUUUCAAGUGUGACUCUUUGUCCUCCUCACGUGAGAACUUUUAUUAUUAUUAUUAUUUUUCUAUUGUUUGUUUUUAUUGUCAUGUAGAAUUUCACAGUGUUAUGUGAUUUGUUAUAUUCUGGAGGCUUUUAAGUAUGUACUAAAUUUAUUGUGCUUGCUUGAGUUUCAUUAUGCUGAAAAAGAGGCUGUAAUACUUAAUUAAUGAAGUGUUUUGAAAUUAAACAGUUCUGUAUAAAAUUAAUUGACUUUCUAUAGAGCAAUAUUCUCCCAUGAUUACAAACACCUUACUAGUACUUUGCAAUCUAAUAAAAUAGUUUAAAUAGCAA